AUGCUUGCUAGGCCCUUUAUCUGCUCAGCUGGUGGGCCGUUAUCAAGGCUUAUUGCGCGGUCGAAUCAAUUACCGUUGGCAUUUCCUCGGAAAGAAUUCUUCUCGUCCAAUGCCCACUUGAAACAAGAGCCAAAUAACACCACUGAGCCGGACCCAAAAAAGCAGAGAAGGCGGAAUAACAGGUUACCAGCAGCUCCCACCUCCUUACGGCGAGUAGCAGUUGAGGCGCAAAGGUCGAAGGAUGGAUUCUUGUCUAAGGCGUUUCUCAAAGAGCAGGGUCUAAAUCAGAAGACAGUGACUGCUUACGCUGUGGCCGAACAAUUCAACAUUCGCAAAGUCAGAGAUAUUCUACAAGAAAAAGGAUACGAACCAGAUCCGUUAGAGACGGGGCUCUUCCCCCAAGUUGUUCAUGUUCAAAUACCUAUCGACUCUAUACGACGCGUUGCCAAUCCCUCCAGUACCGAUCUUCCAUCCGACGAAGUGGGCGAUGUCUUUGUGUUUCCUUCCGGUACAGUCGUAGCGUGGUCGCUUCCUGAGGGGUUCACAUCUUUUUUGGCAACACGAACUCUCUUACCUGCGGCAGAGGGUGCUCAUGAUGUGGAGACCGAGGAUCUAGACUUUGUAGAGGACCCAAACCGCGAAAAUAGUCUGAUCAAGGGUGACACGAUUGUACUGGGGACGAAUCCUCGUCACAGUCACGGCCAAUCUAUUGAUACGGUGCUGACAAAGGUUGCGUUUUCGUCUGGACUCGCUCGAAGUACAAAGCUGGCUGUUCUUGAGAGUCUUUUGUCGAACUAUAUCGAGUCCACUCGACCAAUCCCGACUCUUUUAUCAAAAGGAUCUCGACUUCCUUUCACACGAGACUUCAUUCUCCGCAAGACCGGGCAGCUUUUGAGUGUCCGCGCGCAGCUCAAUCUCUACUCGGAACUCACAGACUCUCUACCAGAUCUUUUCUGGGACAGCGAACACGAACUCGGCUUGGAGGGCUAUUAUGAACAAGCUGGCCGAGCUUUAGAUGUUGGGAUCCGUAUCAAGCUUCUGAACGAAAAGAUGGACUAUGCACAAGAGAUUGCUAGUGUCCUACGAGAACGUCUGAGUGAGACCCACGGUCUCCGACUUGAGUGGAUCAUCAUUCUGCUCAUCGCUGUCGAGGUUGGAUUUGAAGUAAUGCGAUUAUGGAAAGAGAGAAUUCGUGAGCAAGAAGAGAAUGCGCGCAUGGAGGAGAAUCAAACGUGA